UUGCGCGCUGCACGUGGCAGACCUCAGGCUGAGUUCUCUUGAGCAAAGCUAACACGGCACCAUAAACUCCUCUUCCGUUUCGGCGAACCCAAAAUUCACCGAAACCUCAAAAAUGAAGAUCCUCGUCGCCGUCAAGCGAGUCGUCGAUUACGCCGUCAAAGUCCGAGUAAAACCGGACAAGACCGGAGUUGAGACGAGCAAUGUGAAAAUGUCGAUGAACCCUUUCUGCGAGAUCGCGCUGGAGGAGGCGCUGAGGAUCAAAGAGUCCGGCGCCGCGUCGGAGGUCGUCGCGUGUCGUGGGCCCGCGCAGUGGGCGCUGUACACGCUGCGGCGUGCGCUGGCCCAUAGGGCGGCCGAACCUGUGCGGUGCACGUGGACCCGGGGAACACGCGCGGUUUACCCGCUGUCGAAGAUUCUCCGGUCGCUUGUGGAGGCUGAGAAGCCGGGGCUCUUGAUUCUUGGAAAGCAGGCUAUUGAUGAUGACUGUAACCAAACAGGACAGAUGGUUGCUGGACUUCUCAAGUGGCCACAGGGAACCUUUGCCUCAAAGGUUGUAUUAGACAAGGAGAAACAGGUUGCAACGGUGGAAAGAGAGGUUGAUGGGGGUCUUGAGACCCUAUGUUUAGAUCUUCCUGCAGUAAUCACCACUGACUUGAGAUUGAACCAGCCAAGGUAUGCAACACUGCCCAACAUCAUGAAGGCGAAAUCAAAGGUCAUCAAGAAAAUGACUCCUCAAGAUCUGAAUGUGGAGAUCAAGUCAGAGUUAGAGGUUUUACAGGUCACCGAACCCCCCAAAAGGAAAGCUGGCAUCAUGGUUUCCUCCGUGGAUGAGCUCAUUGAUAAGUUAAAGAAUGAAGCCCGUGUCCUGUAACCUCUUUGUAUUUCAUUCUUUUGGGGUUUUUUUAUAGAUCUUGGGUUUUUGCUCAGGCUACCACUCCCAUGAAAAAGCAAGCUUCAGCUGUUCAUGAAAAGAAGGGAAAAAAAAACAGUAUAUCAAGCUUAGGUUACAAGUAUCAUUGCAGAAGGAAAAAUAAAACUGUAUAUACUAAGCUCAGGUUAUAAAUAUCAUUGCUUCGCGUAACAAAAUUGGCACCCGUGAAAUAAAAAGUAACCUUAUGUAGUAAAAUUUCUCCCUGCACAAAGUUGAUUGACUUUUUGUUAA